AUUACCACAAACCGCAAAAAACCCAUUCACCCAACAAAUUCUCAUCAACAUUCUCCCUCUUCAAUCCAUUGGUCAACCCAGAACACUCACAACCCAUAGAUCUCGCAAACCCAUCACGGAUUUAUCCCACAAUCACCCCAAUUUCAUCGAUCUUGUAAGUAUCAACUCUAACUCUGUUUCUUCACUCCUAAUUUUGUUUAUAGAUCGAGUUUAUACACAUAUUCAUACUGAUUUGAUCCAAUAAUGGGAACUAAUUACACCCCGAUCCCCAAAGAUUCGUUUGUCGAAUUACAAUUCCAAGAUCAAAACAAUUACAGAUCUCAAAACCCUAAGUUAUUACACAAUGAAGUAGAUGAUGAUAUUGAAUCUGAUUUUGAUAAUCUCCCACUUGUGAUUGUUCGAAAAGAACCCGAAUCGGGUUCCGGGGUUUACGGAGCUGUGUUUAAUUUAGCUACAUCUGUAAUUGGGGCUGGAAUCAUGGCUCUUCCAGCCACCAUGAAGGUUUUAGGGUUAAUAGUUGGGAUUGUAUUGAUAUUCAUAAUGGGGGUUUUGUCGGAGAUUAGUGUCGAGUUUCUUGUGCGAUUCGCGGUGCAAUGUAAGUCGAAUUCGUACGGGGAAUGUGUUCAAGAGGCGUUAGGGAAGCCCGCGAGGGUUUUGUCGGAGAUUUGUAUUAUCGUUAACAAUGCGGGUGUGUUAGUCGUUUAUUUGAUAAUUAUCGGGGAUGUGAUGUCGGGUUCGCUUAGACAUAUAGGCGUUUUCGAUCAGUGGUUGGGUAACGGGUUUUGGGAUCAUCGAAAGUUAGUGAUUUUGAUCGUCGUGGUGUUGUUUCUCGCCCCGUUGUGUUCUUUGGAUAAGAUUGAUUCGUUGAGUACCACUUCGGCUGCUUCGGUUGCGCUAGCGGUCGUGUUUGUGAUUGUCGCAUUCGUUGUCGCGUUUGUUAAACUUGUGGAAGGGAAAAUCGAGCCUCCGAGGUUGGUCCCGGAUUUCGGGUCGAAAGCGGCGAUUCUUGAUUUAUUAGUUGUGAUUCCGAUAAUGUCGAAUGCGUACGUUUGUCAUUUUAACGUCCAACCGAUUUAUAACGAGUUGGAAGACCGCUCGCCGAAGAAAAUGAAUAAAGUCGGCCGUUUGACAACCGUUCUUUGUGUAAUGAUAUACGCUUCAACCGCGAUCGCGGGUUACCUUUUGUUCGGAAACGAUACCGAAUCGGAUAUUCUCACUAACUUCGAUAAACCAUUAGGGAUUCGGUUCAGUACCGCUUUAACUUACAUAGUUCGCGUUGGAUACGUUCUUCAUCUGGUUCUUGUGUUCCCCGUUAUCCAUUUUUCGUUACGACAAACGGUUGACGAGUUAGUUUUCAACGGGUCGGGCCCGUUAUCAGAAAAUAGGAAAAGGUGUUUAGCGUUAACGUUUGUGCUUUUGGCACUCGUGUACUUGGGAUCCACGAUGAUCCCAAGUAUCUGGACUGCUUUUAAGUUCACGGGUGCAACCACGGCUGUGUCAUUAGGGUUCACGUUCCCGGCGCUUAUCGCGCUUCGGUUAAGUAGCCAGGGUCCCGGUUUAACUAGCGGCGAGCGGUUCUUGGCUUGGUUAAUGUUGAGUUUGGCUGUCAUUGUUUCGGUUGUUGGAGUUGCUGGCAACAUUUAUAGUAUGCAAAGUAAAGGUUAAGUGACUUGUUUUGGUGGUUAGUAUAGAGAUACAGAUAUUGUAACAUCAUUGUACGAUUUGUCACCUUUUCAUUUGAUUAAAUUUUGUUACUGUACUCAUUAAGCCUUAUUUGUGUACAAGUGAGAAUGAAGCACUAUAUUUUUUAAAA